AAGCAGAAAAGCUGUGAAAAGGGAAGGAAACAAUCAUUCACUAAUCUGAAACUUCCUGUUUUGUUUCAGGGACUUUCUGCCACGUGGAUCUGGCAUCGUAACCAGGCGCCCGCUGGUCCUGCAGCUGGUAAAUGCCAGCACAGAAUAUGGUGAGUUCCUACACUGCAAAGGAAAGAAAUUCACUGAUUUUGAGGAGGUCCGUUUGGAGAUUGAGGCUGAAACGGAUCGUGUUACUGGCUCCAACAAAGGGAUUUCCCCUGUGCCCAUCAAUCUUCGAGUCUAUUCUCCCCAUGUCCUGAACCUGACGCUGGUGGAUCUGCCGGGUAUGACAAAGGUCCCAGUAGGGGACCAGCCCCCUGACAUCGAGUUCCAGAUCCGAGAUAUGCUCAUGCAGUUUGUCACCAAAGAGAAUUGCCUCAUCCUGGCAGUAUCCCCAGCCAACUCUGAUUUGGCCAAUUCUGAUGCCCUGAAGAUUGCAAAGGAGGUGGAUCCUCAAGGCCAACGCACUAUUGGAGUCAUCACUAAGCUGGACCUUAUGGAUGAAGGAACUGAUGCACGAGAUGUAUUAGAAAAUAAAUUACUUCCUCUUCGUAGAGGUUACAUUGGUGUAGUGAACAGAAGUCAGAAGGACAUUGAUGGCAAGAAGGACAUUCAGGCAGCUCUGGCUGCAGAGAGGAAAUUUUUUCUCUCCCACCCAGCCUACAGACACAUGGCUGAUCGCAUGGGAACCCCCUACCUGCAGAAAGUAUUGAACCAGCAACUGACCAACCACAUCCGUGACACCCUGCCAGGGCUGCGGAACAAGCUCCAGAGCCAGCUGCUCUCCAUCGAGAAGGAGGUGGAGGAGUACAAGAGCUUCCGCCCCGACGACCCUGCGCGCAAGACCAAAGCUCUGCUUCAGAUGGUCCAGCAGUUUGCUGUGGACUUUGAGAAACGCAUUGAAGGCUCUGGAGACCAAAUUGAUACCUAUGAGCUGUCAGGAGGAGCUAGGAUUAACCGCAUCUUCCACGAGCGCUUCCCCUUUGAACUGGUGAAGAUGGAGUUUGAUGAGAAGGAGCUGCGGCGGGAGAUCAGCUAUGCCAUCAAGAACAUCCAUGGCAUCAGAACCGGUCUCUUCACACCCGACAUGGCCUUUGAGACCAUUGUGAAAAAGCAGGUGAAGAAGAUUAAAGAGCCUUGCCUGAAAUGCGUGGACAUGGUCAUUUCGGAGUUAAUCAAUACCGUUAGACAGUGCACCAAGAAGCUCAGCCAGUACCCUCAUCUGCGUGAGGAGAUGGAGAGGAUUGUUACUACUCACAUCCGUGAAAGAGAAGGCAGGACCAAAGAUCAGGUCAUGCUUCUAAUAGACAUCGAGCUGGCUUACAUGAACACAAACCAUGAGGAUUUCAUUGGCUUUGCCAAUGCUCAGCAGAGGAGCAGCCAGAUGAGCAAGAAGAAGGCAGCUGGCAACCAGGAUGAGAUCCUGGUCAUCCGAAAGGGCUGGCUCACCAUCAACAACAUUGGGAUCAUGAAGGGUGGUUCCAAGGAGUAUUGGUUUGUCCUGACAGCUGAGAACCUCUCCUGGUACAAGGAUGAUGAGGAAAAGGAGAAGAAGUAUAUGUUACCAGUGGAUAACCUGAAACUGCGAGACGUUGAGAAAGGAUUCAUGUCCAGCAAGCACAUCUUUGCUCUUUUCAACACUGAACAGAGGAAUGUUUACAAGGACUACCGGCAGCUGGAGCUGGCCUGUGAGACCCAGGAGGAGGUGGAUAGCUGGAAGGCUUCCUUCCUUCGAGCAGGAGUCUACCCAGAGCGUGUUGGGGACAAGGACAAAGCCAGCGAAGCAGAGGAGAAUGGAUCAGACAGUUUCAUGCACUCCAUGGACCCUCAGCUGGAGAGACAAGUGGAAACGAUCAGGAACCUGGUGGAUUCCUACAUGGCAAUUGUCAACAAAACCAUCAGAGACCUCAUGCCGAAGACAAUCAUGCACCUCAUGAUAAACAAUACCAAGGACUUCAUCCAUUCGGAGCUGCUGGCGAACCUGUACUCCUGUGGUGACCAGAACACGCUGAUGGAGGAGUCAGUGGAGCAGGCCCAGCGGCGGGAUGAGAUGCUGCGCAUGUACCACGCCCUGAAGGAGGCCCUCAACAUCAUUGGGGACAUCAACACCAGCACCAUCAGCACCCCCAUGCCCCCACCGGUGGACGACUCUUGGCUGCAGGUGCAGAGCGUACCAUCUGGACGCAGGUCUCCCACGUCCAGCCCCACGCCGCAGAGGAGAGCUCCCGCUGUUCCACCCGCCAGACCUGGGUCUCGAGGCCCAGCUCCUGGGCCACCUCCUGCUGGUGGGUCCACGCUGGGUGGUGCCCCCCCUGUGCCCUCCAGGCCAGGUGCCUCUCCUGAUCCCUUUGGGCCCCCACCUCAGGUUCCUUCUCGGCCUAAUCGUGCUCCUCCUGGUGUUCCCAGCCGGCCGGGUAAGGCCAGUCCCUCCCGCCCAGAGAGCCCCAAACCACCAUUUGACAUGUAGGCCUGCUCCCUCUGAGACUCUUUGCCUGCUUCUUAGCUGUUCUGUCCUGGAAUGGUCUGACUCAGAUCUCACACAUGGCUUGUUUUGUUUGUAUUUUGUGACACACACAUAUCAGAUGUGAUUGUAGUGAAUCUGGUUUUGUUUUCUUUCUUCCCAGCUGCUUAAAGGAGUUAAACAAGUAUAUUGUAGUAAUGAGAAACAUAUCUUUACUGUUAUAAAUAUCUAUAAAUAUAUAUAUAAGAUGAAAAAUCUAUAUAUGUCCAGGUGUUUAAAGCCAUUUGUGCUUCCAUGUGGAUUUUAGGAAAUACUUAAGU